UGAUUCCCAAAAUCCCACAAUAGAUGCGUGAGUCUGCGGAAAGGUUAACCCCAAACUCCAAAACUGGUCUUCCCGAGGGGAUGGUCAUGGAAUGAUAUUGUGUUUUCGAUGGGUGCGAUUUAUUAGAGAGAAUGGAACCGGCACGCCAACACACCUGACACCUAAUUCCGCCAGAACCAGAUGAGCAGGUUGUUGAACCAGGUGAAUCCGUUUAUAUAAUAGGCUGCCAAAUCGAAAUCGAUCAACAGUCCGAAACGGAAAGAUCUAAAGUGAACAAGUCAUCCAAGAUGCGAGCUGCCAUCGUGUUCGUCGUUGUGAUAUUCGCACUCCUCAGUGUCCUGGAGGCCGUGCCCGCUCCCCAGUUCGGAUAUGGUGGCUUCGGCGGAUACCCUGGCUACGGCGGAUUCGGAGGCGGAUACCCCGGCUACGGCGGAUUCGGUGGCGGAUACCCCGGCUACGGUGGCUUUAGACGCGGCGGAUACGGUGGUUUCGGCGGAGCCAGCGCCUCGGCCUCGUCCUCGGCCUCUGCUGGCGGAUUUGGCGGUGGCUUCUACGGAUAAGAAGUCCAGAAGAUGGUUAAGUUUAAGCCUUCUCAAUUUAAAUAAACCAAAUCAAUAUUCCUAUGACUCCCAAAUCUGUGAUGUUGCUUUUAUGGGUA